UCGCGGGAGAAUGAAGUAAACAAAUCUCUAUCGAUCUCCGACAUGUGCGCGUAUUGAUUUGGAGACAACUGCGAUGCCACCUAUUUAUUUCUAUUCGUAAUUUCCAUUCCCUAAUGUGUGUUGAAUUAUUGACAUGGAUCAUUCAAACAAUGAUUAAUCUGCAAAGCGCGGACGAUUUGGAACAAAAAAAAUCCAAACUUCUAUUUAGUGACCAAAGAUGGUUGCAUAAAUGAGAUUUACUCCUAGUGAUCAGAAGCGGAAGGCUCCACUUACGAGGUACCACGUGACAUCAUGACGUCGCAAUCUUAUUGAAGGGCCGAAAGAACGAGACUCGCAGGUAGCUAGAGUGUUAAAGCUCUCUCUAGUCAUCAGAGAAGAAAAUGUUCUCCACAGAAAUGCGGAUUUGUUCUUUUAAUUGGAUUAAUACAAGAAAGCAGUGUUUCAUAAGAAGAGUACUUAUUUGUGAUAAAUGUGUUCAAAUGCAUAGACUUUUCAACGAAUAUUUAUUCAAAUUCGCAAUAAAAAAAUCGUUUGCAAAUCAUAGAUAUAGUAUGAAAUCGUUUUCUUCGUGGAAUAAUCACAACAUUAAGAUACUAUAUGAAACAUAGUGAUUUUAUUUCUCAGUGAAUUUUAUUAAUUGAGAAAAAUGCAUAAAUAAAACUCUUAAUUCGCACAUUAAGCUCAGGACUUUUGUGUAGAUUUCUAUUUGGUUGUGUGAAUUCAUAAAAUUCUAAUAUUUGCAAGACAUCUUCACAAAUCACGUGUGUGAGGUUAUCGCAUCAUCUCAUUUGAGUCUUUUGAUUUUUAUAAUAUUUCGUUCAUGUUUGGUUGAAAACAGUUUUUGCAUUAAAACUUAAGAGGAUAUAGCAUGUGAUAAUACAUACCAAAAGCAAUAAAACAGUCAUUAGGAUUAGUGAGUUCUGUUAAAAAGAAGGAUUUUUUUUUUCAAGAUAUAAUUCAAGAAAGGUGGGGAAAGUGACAGUGUGAGAUGUGGUGAUGGGCAAUAAGCUGAGCUGUUCGUGCGCACCCUUGAUACGGAAGGCUUAUCGCUAUGAGGACUCGCCAUGGAACAACUCCCGCAGAAGAGAUGGACACCUGCUCAGGUCAGAACAACGUUGGCUCUGGGCGGAGGUUUUCCAUGUGAGCUCUUCAACGGGAGCCGCCAGAUGGCAGCAGGUGUCCGAAGAUCUGGUGCCGGUGAAUAUCACGUGUGUGCAGGACAGCCCGGAAUGCAUCUUCCACAUCACUGCCUACAACUCACAGGUGGAAAAGAUACUCGAUGUCCGUCUUGUUCAGCCAGGUACAAGAUUAGGUCAGGCCUCCGAAUGUUUUGUUUAUUGGAAAGAUCCUACGUCUGGAGAUACCUGGGGAUUGAAUUUUACCUCGCCAGUCGAUGCCAAACAGUUUCGAGACUGCUGUCAACUGAAGAUAAAGCCCGGUAAGCGAGUGCCCCAGUCCACACCUAGUUCACCUUCAAAAAGUGGACGAGAACCCCGAUGUACCUGCGCUAUGACCAUCGAACAAAUGCAAAGAGCUCGGAAUGGCCGUGCUCGAUAUGCCGCUUCUGUGGCUGCAGGUUCACUUCCCACCUCAGCCAGCACACUGCCUCGAAGCCAGAGUCGACCUGGUGAAGGAGCAUAUGGGAAACUGUCCGCCCACCCAUCCAGCCAAUCAGUGUAUGAUAAUGUUUCGACGUCACUUCGCAGGUCAACGCCUCUUCCAAACGCUGUGAAACAGACUCGCAGUGACGUCAACUUAUCAACGAUAGGUCAGCGAGAGACAGUUACCUUAUCAAGAACUGAGUUAGCGAGAGCGAAAUUCGCCCAAUCAUCGAGGGGCUCAGAAGAUGCGAAGAGUGUCGACUACGGAAUGGGAAUGGGUGCUAUUAUGAGAUCCAGUCAAGAAAUCAGGGAAGGCAACAAAAGCAAAAGUAUCGACAAUGUGAGUGGAAAAACGACACCUACGGCAAGCAGGGCAGCCAACUCGGGAAGCUUGGACAGCACAACAGCCAAGAAGGCGCUUACUUCUUCGCUGCACAACUCACCGGAUGAUAAGCUCAAACCUACUCCGCCACCAAAACCGGGGAAACCGGAGCCUCCUCCGAAAACCGGACAACGUGGCAAAAGCUCAAGGGGUGCCUCUUCGGGUGGAGGAGGCUCCUCCUCCAAACCCUCCACCAAAGACACGAAAACUGGUGCCUCGUCCUCCAAGGGGACUGCCUCUAAAUCAAGCAAAGCCGGAAGCUCUAAAAAGAAGCCUUCCGGCAAGAAAAUGGGCUUAGAAAUACCGGACCGUGAAAGGUCGCCACCUUCUGAUAACCUUUUGUACGAUAAUUUGUGUUACGCUACAACUCCAAGCUCCAGCAACCAAGACAGCGAUGUGCCAUUCCUCAGUUCAGAAGACGAAGAGAGACACGCUCGUUCGGAUGUGAAGCAAGCCGAAAAGAAACGAAAAGAAGGUCGGGGCAUUAUGUCUAACAGAAAGAGUUUAAAUAAUCCUACCAAUUCCCCGACCAGUAAAUUGCUCAUGGAAUACGAAAUGCAUCUGAGAAACGCGCUGGCACGUGGACUCGAUGCCGAAAGUUACAGCCUCCACACUUUCGAAGCCUUGUUAACUCAGAGCAUGGAAAAUGUGGUCGCUCUAAUGCGGGAAGUGCACACGGAGCUUGAAGAGGUUCGGAAAGAGGAGCAAGCCUUGCAAACAUUCGACGAACCCGAAGGAAGUCGGGCUUUUGCAAACGCUAGGUCGACAACUACUGGUCCUAAGGCAAGCGCUCUUCCUUUGCCGGGAUCUACCCGGCAGCCUCCUCACCUUGCCGCCAGGGGAGAGAGCACUCCCCUCUUACCUAGGGCUUCAAUGGAGAGCACUGAUUCACGCAUUUAUCUCACGUCAUCCGAGAUGUCUGAUGAUGACCGGUUGUCCCUCACGACUGCCGUGAGUGACGAGGAAGAUCCGGCUGACCCUAGGACAUCUUCUGCCGGACAUCAACAGCAACACCCUAGCAGCAGCUACGGUGGCAGUUACGGCAACAGAUCGAGAUCCGGGGCUGCGGCAGCUUCUUUCAACUGCACGGGAGCAGUCAGAAAAGCCGGGUUUCUGAGCGUGAAGAAGUGGCUCUUGAGGAAGAGGCAGCAGGUGGAGUUGGCGAGGAAGCGCGGCUGGAAAGGUUAUUGGGUGUGCUUGAAGGGAACGACGCUUCUCUUCUAUCCGUGUGAUAACCGAGACGGCCGUGCCAUCGACACCACUCCCAAGCAUCUCAUCAUAGUGGAUGGGGCCAUCAUGCAACCCAUACCAGAACAUCCAAAAAGGGAUUUCAUCUUCUGUCUCAGCACUGCCUUCGGAGACGCCUACCUCUUUCAAGCUCCGUGUCAGGUAGAGCUGGAGACAUGGAUUAACAGUAUACAUUCGGCAUGUGCAGCGGCCUUUGCAAGGCACCGGGGUAAAACGGGGACUCUUCAUUUACUUCAAGAAGAAAUAUUUAGACUAGAAAAAGAAAUAGAGUCUGACUCCCGAAUGAAGCACAUGGCGGAACUACAACUGACCGUGGUGGCUGACUCGGACAGCAGGCAGUCACUUACCGGUCAGAUCGGACAGUGGGAGGAGAAUCUGGAGCGUCUCCACUGUGAACAAUUCAGGCUCAGGUGCUACAUGUCCUCUCUACAGAAUUCCGAACUUCCUAAUCCGAAAAGCUUACUGACACAUGUGUCGAAAGGUACGAAGAGCAUAUUGAACAAAUUGGGUGUCUUCACUGUGUCUUCCUUCCACGCCUUCAUCUGCGCUCGCAGCCCUUCCUUACUCACCAAUCUACUGUCUGGGAGGGGAGCCACAAAACGGAGACCUCGCUUACCUCUCUCCAGGUCCAACAGCAGCAAAAGAUCCCUCAGCCUUUCGGCUAAUUCAAGCCAAAGCACAGAGCUUCCUACACUGAUCGGUCGAACUGUCAAAGUGCUUCUUCCAGAGGGACAGUCUGUGACGGUGUGUGUUCGUGAUAACAUGACAGUAGAAGAUGUUUUGUGGAGUGCUUGCCUGAAGAAACAGCUCGCCCCUUCAGAUCAUUUCCUGCAUAUCAAACAGGACAACGACAAAUACUACACACCAGCUCCCACUGAACUCUUCGAUCAACUGGCGUAUGAAACGGUAGAAAUCUGUGCCAAAGUCCUCUACCAAGUGGAACUCCUACGUUGCAGCCUGGAAGUUCUUUUCGGGUUUGGCGUGGAAGCGGAACUAAUAGAGAACGCUGACCAUCAGGACGAACUCUGUGUCUAUGUGAGCAGAGUAGAGGAGAACAGCCAAGCUUGGGAACAAGGGCUGAUGAAAGGUGACGAGAUAAUGGUGAUUAACGGUGCCAUCGUGAGUGACUUGGACAUGAUGUACAUCGAGAGCGUUCUCCAAGAGGAACUGUCCCUCUGCAUGAUGAUGAGGUCAGCCCGUCUCGAACCUCCCGACAUGACAGGAGUGAUCCUGCGCACCACAGACGAUUACAUCGAGUCUCUGGUCUGUCCACCACCUCCCUCGGACUCUGCCAUCAGCGAGGAGAUGAUUGACAAGCUCAUAGUCCCCUCACCCCUCUACGGUGAUAUGGACAAAGAGAAAUCACCAGAGACUUCUGGACGACCUACUCCUUCUCCUACUCCAAUGCCUUCUCAAGACUUGUUAGCUGGACAACUCUCUGCUGAACAAAUAGAAACACUCAUAAAAACGGCAGAACAAGUAACAGAAUAUUGUCGAAUGCCUAUAGAGCAGAGACGGUUAUCAAGUCUCGCAGGAAGCACUGCGAGUAGUGGUUCUAGUUCCUUCACUAUUACGACGGUCACACCUUCUCGACAGCUCACGGAAGCCGAGAAGCUCAGGAAAGUCAUCAUGGAGCUCUUAGAGACGGAGAAGACCUACGUGAAGCAUAUGAGCGAGGUGAUAGAAUGGUAUGAGGACGCUACGCAAAAGAAUUUGUGCUUUCUUUGUGACGGACGUUUACAUCACACCGAGCAUUUGAACAGCCUGCUGGAACACUAUCUGGAACCAAUGAAGAAGGAGACAUUCUUAUCGAAUUCUGAAGUGAAUGCUUUGUUUGGCAAUAUUCAGGAGAUCGUCCAGUUUCAGAGAGUGUUCUUGCAGAGCCUAGAAGAAGCCAUUGCAUCUGAGGUGGACUUUCAUAGGUUCGAUCAUCCCGCCCAAUUCAAGAAUGUUCUGUUUGCGCUUGGAAACUCGUUUCUCUACUACGCCGAUCAGUUCAAAUUAUAUAGUUCCUUUUGUGCUAGUCAUUCAAAAGCCCAGAAAGUGUUACAUCCUAGUAAAUGUAAAGGUCUGAGAAACAAGGACCACGUAUGCCCAGCGGCGGGGGAGGGCAAUUCUGCCUUGCUAGAGUUUUUGCAGUCCCGCAAUCCAAAGGGUCAGCACUCCUUCUCUUUGGAGUCCUACCUCAUCAAACCCAUCCAAAGGAUACUCAAAUAUCCACUACUCCUACAGCAGCUCAAGCACCUAACGGAUCCCAACUCUCAAGAGCACUUACAUCUCUCCGAGGCACUGAAAGGCAUGGAAAGAGUUGCAGAGCAUAUCAAUGAGAUGCAACGAAUCCAUGAAGAAUAUGGCGCCAUAUUCGAUCAUCUUUCUCGCCAACACUAUAAGAGUUCUCGACAACACGUAGAUCUCAGUCCCGGAGAGUUGUUGUACUACGGAGGAGUUGAAUGGCUCAAUAUAUCGGAAUUCUUAGGAAAAAUCAAAAAAGGUCUUGAGCUGCAUGCCAUGUGUUUCGUCUUCAAAGCGGCUGUCGUCUUUCUCUGCAAGGAAAGGAUAAGGCAGAAGAAAAAACUCAUGGGAGGUUCGAGUAAAACGGGUGCAACGGAGGUGGAAAUCAUCCGCUAUCAGGUGCUCAUACCCGUAACGGAGGUGCAAGUUCGAGCUGGUUGUGUGAAGGAGGGUGAUUCCCACUUCCUCUGGGAACUCAUACAUUUGAGAUCCCAGAUGCAGAGGAGAUCAGAAAAGAUUUACCAACUCUCUAACAGCACAAGUGAGUUUCGAAAUGCCUUCCUCCGCACUAUCCGGCAAACCAUCCGCGAGAGUGUGCGAAACAUGACAGUGCCUGUUAACAAGCCCGUCUCAAAAGACAAAUCCGGCGAACGUUCGAGCGGCAGACGUUCUGGACCAGAAUCCGGCAGUGCUACGAUGGCUAGGACGCUGAGCGGCAAGAAAAGGCCAAAGAGUGUCCAGCGUCAUUCGGCGGGAGCCAUGGAACAAGAAGUAACAGUCGAAACUUACGACAACCUUGAACAGAACUUUCACACCAGAAGCAAGACUGUAACAGAUGGUAUGGAUGACAUGGACGCUUCUGAAAGGUCAGACAGGUCUGAUCGAUCGGAUAAAUCCGACCAUUUGCACCGGUUGCCUGGCAAAACUUCUAAUUCUCUGGGUAAAGGUGGGCUUGUUUAUAUCCAGGCUGCUCAUGACAAGGGAGGAUCGCCUGUCUGGAAGCUUAGGGGUGAGAACGACAAAUCGGCUACACUUCCUCAUCCUCCAAAAGGUCAGCAGCAAUAUUAUGAUGGGAGUGCACCUCUCUACAAGAAGGACCAUUGUACGUCAUCAGGGCUAUCGAAGCCACCUCUAGAAUGUUAACGUUGGUCACACUGCCUUUGCAUAAUUAGGAAUUUAAAUUAUAACUCUACUCAAAGACAGGGCCAAUCCUCUUGAAGUGAUCAUACAAAGAGAGCGUGCUUAAAAAAGAGUUUAAGCCCAACUUGUGCCAAGAUUUCCAUGUCGAAACGAAUGUGGAAAUUUUUGCAUAGGAUUAUAAAUGAGAAUCUUUUAGCAAGAGCUCUAUUGUACGUGAUUUUUCAAUUAAAUUACUUAAAACAAAAACAAAUUAACUUCAAGAAUUCAUUAUUAAGUAUACAAAAUUAAAUGAAUGACGUAGAUUGGAAAAGAAAAACUCACGCAAACGCUAUGGUAUCUUCGAAAUGAAAAGUUUUAUGAAAAUAUGAUUUUUUUUCCUCCAAACGCAGCUUUAAAAUUUUUAACAAACAUUUGGAAAUUUAACAAUGACCGCAAGAAACAUUUUUUAAAAAAAUGCUAUUUUGAACUUACAAAUAAUUUUAAUUGCAAUAAUGGACAUCAUCAUUACUUUGGUAAUUACUAAAUCUAUUUUUCAUAUCAUUAAAACAUUUUUAAUAUUUAAAUACAAUUUAUUUUCUUAUGAAUAGAAGACUGAAAAUCAGAUUGGUUUUGAAGAAAUAAGACUGACUAAUCUAUGUGUACUCAGUAAUUAAUCAUGAUACCCAAAAUCUUUGGGGGGGGGGGUAUUUUUGUUUCCUUAUUCUGCUGAUCGUACUCUUUUUCAAAAACAAUCAAAAAGAAAAAUGCCAGAAAGCUCUUAACUAGCAAAUUUCAACCCCUGAAAUAAAAAUUUUAAAAAAUAAUAACUGAGUUUUAAAUAAACAGCCUUAUAGGGAUUCAGUAAUUAAUUGUCCUUCAAGAUGAAAAAAGAAACUUAUGGUAUUUUAAACUUACAAGUUUAAAAAUAUUCUACCAACAGCUUUCUUUCAAUAUUGUCCGAAAUAAAUAAUUAAAACUAUCGGAGUAUUCAUAGAUAAUACACGCCACGGAGUAUUAAAAAAUACUAGCCGUACAUUUUAUGACAUGCCACAGAAAAACUUGUGUUAAAGGAGAAACAAAUAUAUUACUGUUGUUUUCAAUUAACAAAGUUCAAAAUAUCCGACCCACUGCUGUUUUUAUAAGCAAGCAACAACAACAAAAAAAUCAGUAUUUUAAAUUUACAUGCAUGAGAAAUCCCGGACAACAGCUGUCUUUGGUGUUAAACCAAAAAAUAUCGAAUGUUGUUUUAUAUUUCUCCGAGGGGAAAUACUCAGAGACUAACAGCUGUUUUUAAAGACAAACCAAAAUAUAUCGAACGUUCCUUUAAAUUUACAAAAGAUAAGAUACUUAGAGAGGCUAACAGUGAUCUUAGAAAGUAAGCGCAAAACUGUCUUAUGUUGUUUUAAAUUUACACAAAUGAAGAUUUUCAGAGAAACUAAUAACUGUCUUUAAAGAUAAGCUUAAGAAAACAGAAACAAGUAUUGAAUUUAUAAACGUUAAAAGAUCUGACUAAAGACAGGUCAAAGAAAAACUUGUUUGGAAUCGGACGAAAACUUAGCGUUAUGAGUCAACAAACCUCAAACGAUCUAACCAAUAGCUGUUUUUAAAGACAAGCUAAAACAAAAAGAUAAUGUUGUUUUAAAUGAACACAUUUCAAGAAACACAGUCCACAGCAGUCCCUUUAAAGACAAAACGAAACUAUACUCCGUUGCAAGUUAAGAAAAGACCGGUUUAAAAAAUCAUCCGCAACUGUUCCUUUUUUUUUCAGCUCUCAAAUUAUAUAAUUCUGCUUUCAAAACAAUAUAAAAGCUUUUAAAAGUUAAACUCGUCGGACAGAAAUUUAAUCCGUGCUAUUUUUUCUUAUAAGCAAAAAGAGCGCCGUACUACGUGGUUUAAAGAAUUGGCGAUGUUGAUAUUCGUUGGAACUUGGCAUCCAUUUAGCAUUCACUUAGAUGCAAACAGGCGCUCUCUCCAUAGGGAUAAUGGUUUUUAACUUAACUUACAACAGAGUAUAACACUAUUUUAAAUCUAAAAAACUUAAAGAGACAAAUACCUUUGAAGAUAGAUCAAAAACCUUAAGUUUCUUUAAACUAAGAGCCCCGGCAAACAGUUUUCUUUAAGGACAAGUCUAGUGAGGAAAACAUUGCAAUUUUUAAGAGAUCUGGUCAAAAAAGAAGAAGAAACAAAUAUUACGGAACUUCAAGAGAUUAGGCCCUGUCUCUCCUCAGAAAAUGAACUGAGAAAAAGGUAGUGUUCACUAGUGAGAAGAUUUUUUUCCGCCGAUUGAGGGACGAGUGUGUAUGUGAUGAGAGAGCAUGUGAAAGUCACUUCUGUUGUUAUAACUUCGCAAAUGACUAUCAAAUCAAAAGAUAGCAACAGAGCAAAUAUUGGUUGUGUGCAAGCCGUCAAGAGUUUGAUAAACAAAAUAAAUAAAUGAAUCUUUACUAACGGUAUCGAAGACGAAUUGUUGUUUAGUAUAUUAAAAAUAAAGCCUGUGAUUUGUAAACAGUUUCAAAGCAAACAAAAAAAAAUAUUAACAAUAACUGCACCACAGAAAAGAUUGUUCUUUAUGAGAAACUAAAAAAGGUCUUCACCGAGCUCAAUUUGCAGUGCAUAAGUGCCCCCCUUUUUUCCCAGUAACUGCAACUAUUCUUCAACUAUUGAAAAAGAAACGUUUAAAAAAAAUACACGAUCGGUUGUUGUUUACGAUGUAUUUAUUCUACAAUGUUUAAGAACAAAUAGAGGAAAAAAGAAGUUAUUUAAAGAUA